AUGAAUUCCCAAGUCUACUGCCUGCCCCAGAAUCUAGGCUGGAACGCCAUACCUUGUACAUCUGAUGCCCGGGCCGAGAGACGGGCAGAAGACUUGGACAAGCAAAGAAACCUGGCUGACAAGAAACCGUACUUCACAGUGCAGUUCCAUGGACCGCCUCCGAGCGAGGAGGCCACUAGAAGGUUCCAGAAGCAGUAUCCCAGGCUUGCGAACAAAACUACAGCCACUGACCAGGAGGCCGUUAACGCCAUCUACACCACUGAGUACGCAUUCAAAUACGGGCCUGAAUUUUUGCCAAGAUAUUACAAGCUGACUCCGCCGGUAGUCCACGAAUGUCUGGCAGAUCCGCUACUCAAACAACGCCGGGUGCACCCUCCCUUCUCCAGCGUCAGACCUCCCUCGUACAACGUCUACGAUCCUCACCGAGGCGCCCACGAGUGGCGGGAGCUCAUCCCCAAGCCAGGCAUGUACAUCUGGCAACCGCUUGAGAAGAUCCCCAUCUUGGGAAACCCUGGCCAGAGGUCAACCAUGCUUCCCGUCAG